AUGUUAGCCACGAAAACAGCUCUACUCUUCUCACCACUACAUCAUCGUGUCACUUUGUAUUUUGCAUUCUCUUCUUCUUUACAAUUGAAUAAAUGUAGGAAAUUUAGAAGACCAAUAAUUAAGGCUACAAGAACAGAGUCUAAAGGGGCUUUAUUAGGAUCUCGAGCUCCUGAUUUCCGGCUGGUAGUGCCCCUUACCAGGAAAACUUGGGAAUUUGACGAUUUUGAAUCCCAUCAUUCUCUAUUGAAGGGGCUUGCAGUUUUUGUUAUGUCUUCAAAUUCUGUUGUUAGGCAUCAGCAGGACGGUCCCGAGUUUAUAGCAGAAGAAACAAAGUUGUUCAAAUACCCUUUUCGAUAUCUCUAUGAUGAGUCACAAGGUGUUGCACGAGCAUUCAGAGUUGUCUACAAAUCUGAAUUUCUACUCUACAAAAAGGAUUGCCGAAAACCAUUUGAACUCGUUUACAAUGGACAGUUUGACGACUCACGGCCAAGUAAUAAUAUGCGAGUUACUGGAAGGGACUUAAGCAUGGCAAUAGGUUCUGUUCUAAUUUUGCAGCCAUUGUCUUUUGUGCAAAAACGAAGUGUUGGUCUUGUUAGAUGCAUGAUAAAGUGGCAUCCUGAGAAAAGCAUGUAA